AUGGUCCUCCAGAAACAAAUACUGGAUGAAAAGACUCCGCAGCAACUAAUCAAGCUAUCCCAAAAAUCUCCAAACGACGCGUCUAUCGUUCGACGAUACGCGAGAGGCAAGAACACUCACAUCAAGCUGAAAAUAUCAAAAGAUGUCGAAAUGACAGUACACCUCGGAGAAUGGAAGCUCACACUUCAAAUGAAUAAAAAGCCAGUGUUUAGUAUAGAAGACGACGGCGACAGCAGAAAAACCAAAAAUCAAGCCAAGAAAUUCCUGAAGCCCAAUCUGGAAAACUGGGAAUUCAGUUCUCCUGACCAAAAUUCUUCCACGGCCACUGCCAGAGUCUCGUUUGCCAGUCAACUUGAAACCAUUGCAACGUUCCAUUUGGAGCUUCUUGCGAGAACAUUUGGAGUCAAAACCAUUGAUUUUGAGUGCAAUCUAGACUACUUGGAAACCGACAACACCAAUCACCAAAUGGCUUCAAAUCUCAGCAUGUUCAUCAUCACAAAGCUUGGCGUACGGUACCGAAAAUUUGUCUGGCCAUCAUUUCCCAUAUUCUACAAAGUAUUGAAACACUUGGUCAAAAAUAACACGGAAUUCCAUGUGACUGUGGCCAAGUUGAAUGGUGUCCAACUUGGAAAACUGAUUGCCACGUGGCAGAGAUCCGGAAGUGCUAAGGAGAUAAGACUGGAAGGGAUUCGCGGAACUAUUGGUGACGUUUUGAAGUGUAUUGAUGUAGCGGAAUAUCAGAAUGGAAUCGUCGAAAUCGAGAGAUUCGACGGCGUCAAAGCGAUUCUAAAAUUGGACGGCGGAAAAUUCUCUCUACAGGUUCACACCUAG